GACUUGCGAUGCAAUGAUCACGUAUUUUUCCCGGCAAUUUAUCCGGAGCUUGCCACGUUGGUCCCCAGCGUGACUUCAAGCAUGUCCCGCAGGCCAAUAAUGAGCCGGGUAAUAUGGAGAACAGUGAAAGCCGCUUUUGAUUGUUAAGAAAGGUCUUAUGGUUGCUCUGAUUUUGAUCUCUUUCAAGCAUUGCACGUACGAUUGAAGGGAUCUAAGUGACUUCUUUUGGAACCAGGCAAGAUGCAGAGUCAAGGACCGUUGUAUAUGGGAUUCGAUCUCUCGACCCAACAACUCAAAGCCAUCGUCGUCGACUCCAAGCUCAAACUCAUCCACGAAGCCAAAGUCGACUUCGACGCCGACCUCAGCAAAUAUGGCAUCCAAAAGGGCGUGCUCACCAACGAAGCAGAAGGCGAAGUCUUCGCCCCGCCCGCAAUGUGGCUCGACGCCGUGAACCUCGUGCUCGACCGGCUCGUCGAAGCCGGGCUCGAUUUCGGCGCAGUGAGAGGGCUGUCAGGCGCAGGUAUGCAGCACGGCACGGUCUUCUGGUCCAAGGACGCCGAGAACAUCAUGCUCGACUUGGAUGCCGGCAAGUCGUUGGCGGAGCAGAUGGAGGCGGGCGCCAAGGGGGAGCGAAGGGGCGCGUUUGCCCAUCCUGUUAGCCCGAAUUGGCAGGACGCGAGCACGCAGAAGCAGUGCGAUUUGUUUGAUGCUGAGCUCGGGGGCCCGACGAAGUUGGCGGCCGUUACGGGCAGCGCGGCGCAUCAUCGCUUCAGUGGACCGCAGAUUAUGCGCUACCGGACGAAGCAUACUGCCCACUACGAGGAGACGACGCGGAUAUCCCUGGUGUCAUCCUUCUUGGCUUCCGUGUUCCUGGGGACGAUUGCGCAGAUCGAUAUCGGGGAUGUGACUGGGAUGGACCUCUGGGAUGUGCACAAGGGCAAGUGGGAUGAGAGGCUACUGGCUCUGGCGGCUGGCGGCAAAGAGCACGCGGCCGAGUUGAGCAGGAAACUCGGCCACGUUGCGGAAGACGGAGGCGCCAGCUUUGGCGACAUCAGCAACUACUUCGUCACGCGGUAUGGCUUCAAUCCGGAGUGCCGGGUGUUGCCCUUCACUGGCGAUAAUCCUGCCACCAUCCUGGCUCUCCCACUUCGGCCAUCAGACGCAAUGGUCUCGCUUGGCACGAGCACCACCUUCUUGAUGAGCACCCCGGAAUACCGUCCCGAUCCGGCUUACCACUUCAUGAACCACCCCGCCACCCCCGGUCUGUACAUGUUCAUGCUCUGUUACAAAAACGGCGGUCUCGCCCGCGAACACGUCCGAGACGCCUUGAAGAAGCCGGACUCAAACUGGGCCAACUUCGACAAAGCCGCUCUGACCACACCACCUCUCUCCCAAAAGACAGACACAGACCCCAUGCGUCUCGGCCUGUACUUCCCCAUCCACGAAAUCGUCCCCAACCUCCCCCCAGGCCAAUGGCGCAUGCACUAUGACCCGACCACCAAGUCCCUCAAAGAAACCUCCAACGACACCAUCCCCGACGACGCACGCAACAUCGUCGAAUCCCAAAUGCUCUCCUGCCGCCUGCGCUCCCAAAAGCUCGUUAAACCGGUCAAAGACCCGCAGUCCGGGUCUCAACUUCCCGCGCAGCCGCGCAGAGUAUACCUCGUCGGCGGCGGGAGCGCCAACGCCGCCAUUGCGAAAAUCUGCGGCGAGGUGCUGGGCAGCGUCGAGGGAAUUUACAAGUUGGAUAUCGGCGGGAAUGCGUGCGCGCUCGGCGCGGCGUAUAAGGCUGUGUGGGGGUGUGAGCGGCGCGAGGGCGAGACGUUUGAGGAGUUGAUUGGCGGGCGGUGGGAUGAGAAGGCUUUUGUGAGAAAGAUUGAUGAUGGGUAUGCGCCGGGGGUGUUUGAGAAGUAUGGGGAGGCGGUGGAGGGGUUUGAGAUGAUGGAGAAGCGGUUGUUGGAGCAGCAUGGUGGGAGCUCGAAGUGAGGAUGGAUGUGAAAUGCGUGCAUUGUGUCUUUGUAGAGUACAAGUGGGCAAAACCGAAACACUGCCAUUACCACUUCC